AUCAUACAUUCAAUCUGUGUUUCUUGGCCUCAGCUUUCCAGUCAAUGCGCAGGGGUGCAGCAGGUUCUACACUACGCAGGCAGCUCUUGGCGAUCUCCGUGGGCGUCCCACUCGUGCUUUUAAUGAUGAUGCUUUACCUGCAUAUUCAACAGGGCGCUGAGGGCAGGCGGCCAAACGCUGCGCCUCGCUCUCUUCCUCCCGAAGACUUUCCGUCGGACUUCCUGAUAGAGGAGGAGGACUUCUGCAGCCGCCAGCGCCCUCGCCUCUUCCUUCUCGCAUACGUCCACUCCUCCAUCCUCGCGACUCGCAAGCGGUCGCAUACCAGGGCGACCUGGGGAGGCGGCAGGGCAUACGACGUGGGCUUGGGCGUUGUGUUUAUGGUGGGGCGCGCCAGGACCCCGGAGGAGCAGAAGAUCGUUCAGGAAGAAAGUCGUCUCCAUCAUGACAUCGUACAGGUGGGAAGGGGACGAGGCGAGGCUGAUCACUGGUGUCGUUUGUGUAUGAAGUUACUGGAAAUGAGAAGGCUCUCGAGAGAAAAGAACAAGUUCCUUUGCUACCCAUGGAAGGGCUCUAGAGUCCAGCGCCAGGGACGCUGGGCAGUCCAGUACGAAGACUAUCCCAGCGGUACCUAUCCUGAGUACUGUAUGGGAGCUGCCUGGGUAGUGCAUACUCACGUGAUCCCAAGUCUUCUGAGUGCGGCCGCGCGGGUUCCGUUCCUGUGGGUGGAUGAUGUCUACGUCACCGGAAUAUUAGCGCAAGGAGCGGCCGUGAAACACUCGCCAUGGAUGAAGAAAUUUAUCAGCAGGGAAAAUAUCAGUGAAGAGGAUAUAGGACAGAAGGUGAUUUGGUAUCAUCUGGAUCAUAUUCGCUCAGGAUGCCCCUUGUUGAGUUUUGUGACUAUUACAGAAAACCUCACCUGUGUACAGGUGAAGCUUUUCAAAUAA